UUUAUAAUAAUAAAAAAAGAAAUUGCAUAUAAUAAAAAUAUAUUUUUAUAACUCUGAAUAAAUAUAUAAAAAAAUAAUCAAUAACUUUCAUAAACACAUUAUGUACUUUAAGUCCUAAUAAGAUUGCUUUUUAGGAAUUUUCUUAAUUCAACUUCAUUAAUUUUUAGAUCCUUAUUAACAUCAAUUUGAUUAAAUAAAUCACUAUUAUAUUAUUUUCCAAAAUAAUGUUAUAAUUCUUAUUCAGUAAUUAAAUCAUCUCCGUUUUCAUCAUAAGUUCUUAAAAGAUCCCAAGUAUAUUCUUAUAAAGCUUCUUUAUUUUCGAUAAGCCUAUUAAUAUUGUCACAUUUUAAACUUUAAUAUCUUUUUUAUUAUCUACAGAAUCUAUUAUCUAAUUGUCGUAAAUAUUUCUUUUAGAAUACAAGGAACUCUCUUUGAUUUAUAUAUCCAUUAGAGUCAGAAUCAAAAUCCUUAAACAUAUCUUAAUUAUAGUUUAGGCCUAAAAAAGAUUCAACUUCUUAUUAAGAAAUCAGACCAUCUUUGUCCUAAUCUAAAUAUUCAAAUAUUUGUUUAGUUUAGCUUUAUAAUAAUAAUUCAUUUAUUAUUAAUUCAUUUAUUCUACUGCAGUUUAAUUCUUAACCACCUUCUAAUUAUAAUAAAGAUUUUGAAAAUUAGAGAUCUUUUAAUGAUUUUUUAUGAGAUUUUGCUUUUUUCAAACUUACACAU